AUGACUUUUUAUCGCUCUAAGUCAAUGAUGUCCUUUGACUAUAGGCUAGGAGGUAUAUCCAUUCAACGUGCCAGCCAGGUACAUGAUUUAGGCAUUUUAUUUGUACCCUCCCUUAAUUUCAGACCUCAUAUUGGUUAUAUGACCACCAAAGCUUUCCGUGUUUUGGGAUUUAUAAGACGUCACUCAUUCAAUUUCAGUUCAACCAAUUGCAUUCUUGCUCUCUAUUAUGCAUUAGUCCGUUCGAUUAUUGAAUACGGCUCUGUUGUUUGGUCACCAUAUAUCGCCAUUGAUAUUUGUCGGACUGUCAGUGUUCAAAAUAGUUGUAUGCGUUUCGCCGGUCAUUGCCUCAACAUCCCCCAUCUACCACAUGAUUAUGGGCCAAUAUUUCAAGCUCUGGGACUUGAUUCCCUUUCGGUCGAGUUGAUGCAAGGUCGAGUUGAUGCAACAAGGCUCCUUGGAGAACUUAGUUUUCAUAUUCCUAGUAAUACUAGGCUUCAGUUUAAUUUGUAUAUACCCACCAAUAAAUCUAACUUCUCCAGGAAUGCCUCGCUUUUACGAAUGAUACAUAACGCAAACAAUAAGAUAGAUUAUUAA